AUGUACGCGACGCUCAAGAAGAUUGGCAACCACCUCGACAGGCGGAGUGGCGCGAAUGAGUAUGCCUCAAGCCGCGAUGCCACUAGUCACACAGUUGAUAAGGAGGUGUCUUUAAGUGGGCGGUGCCUGCUUUCUCCUGCAGCAAGUGCGUGGGAGCUUUACCGGCGAGGUCAGCUACAGUUAACGUCAGGGGAGGUAGAGCUAGUGCGAAACAUCAAGGAUGUGAUUGCAUCGUGUGAAAAGCGGUACUAG